UUCCCGCCUCUUCGGCUAGGCCCGAAAGGGGCGGAACGCGGUAGUACGGCUGGUGGUUUCUCUUCCGGACGGAAAAGAGGAGCGUACUGAGCGUCGCGUCGCGGGAGCAGCUCUUUGCUCUGGUUUGGUUCCCGGCUCCCGCGACAUGGCCUUCAAUUUUGGGGCUCCCUCGGGCACCUCGGGCACCGCUGCAGCCACCGCGGCACCCGCGGGUGGGUUUGGAGGAUUUGGUACAACAUCUACAACUGCAGGUUCUGCGUUCAGCUUUUCUGCCCCAACUAACACAGGCACUACUGGACUCUUUGGUGGUACUCAGAACAAAGGUUUUGGAUUUGGUACUGGUUUUGGCACAACAACAGGAACUAGUACUGGUUUAGGUACUGGUUUGGGAACUGGACUGGGAUUUGGAGGAUUUAACACACAGCAGCAGCAACAGCAGCAAAAUACAUUAGGUGGUCUCUUCAGUCAGCCUGCCCAAGCUCCUACCCAGUCCAACCAGCUGAUAAAUACUGCAAGUGCUCUUUCUGCUCCGACACUAUUGGGAGAUGAAAGAGAUGCUAUUUUGGCAAAAUGGAAUCAACUGCAGGCAUUUUGGGGAACAGGAAAAGGAUAUUUCAAUAAUAAUAUUCCACCAGUGGAAUUCACACAAGAAAAUCCCUUUUGCCGAUUUAAGGCAGUAGGUUAUAGUUGUAUGCCCAAUAAUAAAGAUGAAGAUGGGCUAGUGGUUUUAGUUUUCAACAAAAAGGAAACAGAUAUUCGAAGCCAACAACAGCAAUUGGUAGAAUCACUGCACAAAAUUUUGGGAGGAAACCAGACCUUAACUGUAAAUGUAGAGGGUAUUAAAACAUUGCCAGAUGAUCAGACAGAAGUUGUCAUUUAUGUUGUUGAACGUUCUCCAAAUGGUACAUCAAGAAGAGUUCCAGCUACAACAUUAUAUGCACAUUUUGAACAAGCUAAUAUAAAAACACAAUUGCAGCAACUUGGUGUAACACUUUCUAUGACUAGAACAGAACUAUCUCCUGCACAGAUUAAACAGAUUUUACAGAAUCCUCCUGCUGGUGUUGAUCCUAUUAUUUGGGAACAAGCCAAGGUGGAUAACCCUGAUUCUGAAAAGUUAAUUCCUGUACCAAUGGUGGGUUUCAAAGAGCUGCUUCGAAGAUUGAAGGUUCAAGAUCAGAUGACUAAGCAGCAUCAGACCAGAUUAGAUAUUAUAUCUGAAGAUAUUAGUGAGCUACAAAAGAAUCAAACUACAACUAUGGCCAAAAUUGCACAAUACAAGAGGAAACUCAUGGAUCUUUCCCAUAGAACCUUACAGGUCCUAAUCAAACAGGAAAUUCAAAGGAAAAGUGGUUAUGCCAUCCAAGCUGAUGAAGAGCAACUGCGGGUUCAGCUAGAUACAAUUCAGUGUGAACUGAAUGCACCUACUCAGUUCAAAGGCCGACUAAAUGAACUGAUGUCCCAAAUCAGAAUGCAAAAUCAUUUUGGAGCAGUCAAAUCUGAAGAAAGAUAUUAUAUAGAUGCAGAUCUAUUGCGAGAAAUUAAGCAGCAUUUGAAACAACAACAGGAAGGCCUUAGUCACUUGAUUAGCAUCAUAAAAGAUGAUCUAGAAGACAUUAAAUUGGUAGAACAUGGAUUGAAUGAAGCCAUCCAUGUCAGAGGUGGUGUCUUUAGUUGACAGUUCACAAACUUGUGUUGGUGGUUGGUGAAAUACAUCCUCUCAACUUACUUCAUCAGGCCUUCCUUAAGAGAAUGAAACUGACCACGUGGAAAAAAAAGAAAAUGAUCCUCUCCUGGCUUGGGUUUUACCGACAAAUCUGAAAUAAAAUAGCCACCUCACAACUCUUUAAAGAUAACCUUCAAAAAAUUUACCUCUAAAAGCUAUAUUUACUUUAAAAAGAGAAGUACAUAAUAACCAAAAGUAUAUGUAUUAUUUUACAUUUCCACAACAGCAUUUUCUUAACUAUAAUCAGUGUUUAAUGAUUAUUCUUCAUUCAGCUUUCCAUAGCAAGUAAAUAUAUGUCUACUUUGCACAUAAUUACUGAGCUGUUGGAUAUUUGUACUUCAGAGAGUAAAUGUACAUCAGUUUUUAUAUUUGUGAAUUCAUCUGUGGGAGGAGUAGAGAAAAAUCCAAAAGUAUUUAAUCGUUAAUGUGGUUUUCUUUUUUGUUCUAUAAAGAUUUGAAAAUAUAUUUUUAUAUUACUUUACUUGUUUGGAAUUUACAGAACACACCUAAGCAAUUAGGAUAUAACACAAUUACCAUUUUUGCAAAUUUUUUGUUUUUUAAAUCUUUUUAUUUCUAAAAAAGAUGAAAACUUUUAAAUAAAUUCUUUAUUUGUAAUUUUAGAUAAUUCUGUCUGUGCUUUCUUUAUUUGGCUUUUGGGGAAAGACCAUUAAUGUCCACUCAAAUCCUAAAUUCAUAAGUAUAAUCAAUCCAGGAGUUUUAGUCUUAAGAUAUCAUCUAGGAUAAGAAUUCCCUGUGAUAGCAUUAUUAUGUGAAAACAGAUAAUCUGAGUUAGACAACAUAAUGUUUCUUUAACAACCCAAUUUUUUUUUUUUUUGUAUUUCUGACUGCAGUCUAUAAAUACCUGGGCUGCAUAUUGUUGUCACCUCUUAAAAUGCUAUAACUUUAUAUUACUAUGUGAUGCUUUGGCUUAUAUUAAGAGGUGUUACAAGAAAUUAUCUCAUAAGUCUUCCUAUUGUAUUUAUGGGGAAGGUGAGAGAUGGGAUGCUGAGACCUCACUGAAGGAAUUCUCUGUUAGUACUGCAGACUAGGAGUUGCAUAAGACGACUAGGAACUUUUAAACAGAUUGUUCUUUCCAAGUUAACUGCUAUACUCACUUUUGACAGUUUAGGGCAUGCAAAAUUUGUUAUAUUCACUAAGCCACAUAAUCUAGUGGGCACAUCACUAACCAUGUAUGCCGUGCUCAUUUUCAUGUUCUAGUACUAUUAGGUUCUUGGUUCCACAAGAUAAAUACACCUAGAUAGAAGUCAGGGUCUGCCUUUUAAAGACAAGCCAGUCAUCCUAGGCCCCACUGGGAACAUAUGCGUAAGGCACAUGUAGUACUACAGGUGUGUUCCUAUUAAAUGAUAACCAAGUGCUGUAGACUAAAUCUGUUUCCGUAAAGUUCAUAAUUAAAUUCUAAUACCCAGUAUGAGAGUCCUUGAAUGUGGGGCCUCUGGGAGGUGAUCAGGUCAGGAGGGUAGAGUCUUCAAUCAAUGGAAUUAGUGUCCUACCUCUCCUGUUCGAGCAUUCUGCUAUGUGAGACCCAGCAAGAAGACAGCUCUUCUGCAAGAAACAAAAAGGGCCCUUACAGGAAGCAAAUCUGCCAGCACCUUGAUCUUGGACUUCCUAGCCUCCAAAACUGAGAAAUAAAUUUCUGUUACAAACUAUCCAGUCUACAGUAUUGCAUUAUCAUAGCAGCCUAAACACAUUAAGAUGUUAAGUUCUAAAUUUUGGGUGAGUAGGAGGAAGAAUCACAUUAGCCUGACUACUAAGUUGUAUUCUAUAAGUCAGUUUACCAGAAGUAGAUGGUUCUUUUAAUUUUGAAUGAGGGCUACUUAGCUUGUACAAGACUCUGGGUUCAAUACCCACCAACACAUACACUGCUUUUUAAACUUGUACAGUUGGGUUCCUGUUGGCUUUUGCAUUCCAUCCUGGGAUCCCAGGCCUCUUAAAUGAGUUUACAAUUUAUGUAAUUGAGGUUUAAAUCUUUGUGUUGCAAAGUUCUGUGGAUUUUGCCAAAUGUGUCAUAUCACGUAUCCAUCAAUGCCACGUCAUAUAGAAUAUUUUCACUGUCCAGAAAAAAAUCUCCAAUGUUUGCCCUGUUCAGCCUCCUCCUAUCCCACCCCUGGCAGCCAUGAUCUAGUUACCCUCUCUAUAAUUUUUCCUCUUCCAGUUCUGGGGAUUGAACCCAAGGGUACUUAACCACUGAGUCUCAUUUCUAGCCCUUUUUAUUUUUAUUCCUUAUUCCUUUUAUUACUCUUUCUGAAUCCUUAUCAUCUAGUUCAGAUUUGAAAGUGACCUUAAAUCUGUUUUGAAACACUGACAAAGGCAGAGCACAGUGGUAUGCACUAGUGUGCAAAUCCUAGCAAUUCUGGAGGUAGAGGCCCUAGAAGUAUUGCUGGUUCAAAAGCCAGCCUCAGCAACUUAGCAGGAUUCUGUCUCAAAAAGAGGGCUGGAGAUGUGACUCAGUGGUUGAGCACUCCUGAGUUCAAUCCCUGGUACUAUGAAAAAAAAAAAAAUCAACAAAGUAUAAACCAGUCUUGGCUUGGCUACCAAUAUCCACUGCUAAAUUAGUCACUAUUCAACUGCCACAGUACUAUAUAACUUCUUUUUUCCUUUUUUGAUAUAUUCACUACCCUGUCAACCUUCCUAGAUUAACAUGAGAUUCAAGUUAAGAGACUGAAAUGUUUUGUAAACUGUCAGUUUUUAUAAAGACAACGAUAUUCAUAUGUACUAAGGGAGGAUGAAGAGAUUGUCAAAAGUCUUCCUACAAAGAGAUGAGAAUAUCUUUUAAAACUGAUUCAGGUAUUAAAUUUAUGUUAAAUCACUAACAAUAGUGAUGGACAAUUUAAUAGUUGGCAAUUCUACAGAAAUAAUAUCUACUAAUAUUAAAGUCUUUUAUUGAAUCCAAUCAAAAGUACAGUUUUGUUUUUAAAAAUAAGAUUAAUAUAGAAAUAAAAGAAAAGUUAAUUCUGUGACAUUAUAUCUGGACCAACUUUCUGAAUUGCAAAACAAAUAACAAAUAUACAGUUCUCAUUUUAUAAAUGGCUUUGGCCAACAAGUGAAAAAUACAUCAUUCCUUUUGAUCUCCUAUAGGAUCCCUGUAGUGUAUUUCAAGUAAAGAAUAAGAAAGAUAAAGACUGUAUCAAACUAU